CUUCGCCGCAAUUUUGCGUGUGAUCAAUUGCAAGAGGCGCUUUUCCGGCCUCAAAAGCGCAUGUGUCGAGGCACAAGAGGAAGGCUGGCUAAGGGAAAGGUUCGCAAAGCCUACUAGCUGAUCCAACAGCGAAGCGUUCGAAUUAGGGCGCCUUCAACGACCUGCCCAGUGUUUCAGCGAGAGGGUCCGACUCCUGCGCUACGCUAUUAUCAGUCAGAUAUCCUGACCAUUGCCCGGCGCAGAGCAGGGGUUGUCUUGCGACUUUGAAGUAGGAGAGCAAGAGACCAACAGCCACCAGCAGCCAUGGCCGCAGCUGGUGUUGCUCGCGCCCCCGCAGCUUGCUCCUCUGCUGCUCUGAACAAGUCGUUCAGGAAAGAGGCUCGCGCGCAGUCGAGAGUGCAUUGUCCUUUCGUGCAGUCAAAAUCGUCGCCUCUUAGGCAUGGGGGAUUCCGAUCCGAGAUGCUAGGCAACGGUCUUGCAGCUAUGCAGGCGCAGACGAGACCGGUUGAAAGGCCGGCAGUUAGGGCCGCUGGCAUUAGGGCGGUUGCAGAGGUUGUUGACAGGCCGUCGACGCAAGAAAGUCCGGUCGACAAGCAGGAGGGCCUGAUGCUGUACGAGGACAUGGUACUAGGGCGCACGUUCGAGGACAUGUGCGCGCAAAUGUACUACCGGGGGAAGAUGUUUGGGUUUGUCCAUCUGUACAAUGGACAAGAGGCCGUCUCCACUGGGUUCAUCAAGUAUCUGCGCCAAGAUGACUACGUGUGCAGUACAUACAGAGAUCACGUACACGCAGUCAGCAAGGGGGUGCCUUCAAGGCAAAUAAUGGCGGAACUUUUCGGCAAGUCCACCGGCUGCUGCCGAGGCCAGGGCGGGUCGAUGCAUCUCUUCUCCAAGGAGUGGAACAUGCUUGGGGGCUUCGCGUUUAUUGCUGAGGGGAUCCCUGUAGCUACGGGCGCCGCUUUCCAGACCAAGUACCGGAAGGAGGCUAUGGGCGACGAGACUGCGGACCAGGUCACAAUUGCGUUCUUUGGGGAUGGAACGACCAACAACGGGUCUUUCUACGAGUGCCUCAACAUGGCAGCCCUGUGGAAGCUGCCAAUCCUCUUCGUGGUUGAGAACAAUCUGUGGGCCAUCGGGAUGAACCACUACCGGGCGACUUCUGUCCCCGAGAUCUGGAAGAAGGGCGAGCCGUUUGGCAUGCCCGGCAUUCACGUUGACGGUAUGGACGUUCUCAAGGUGCGCGAGGUUGCGAAGGAAGCGAUCGCUCGAGCUCGGCGGGGCGACGGCCCAACGCUCGUUGAGUGCGAGACUUACCGGUUCAGGGGACACUCUCUGGCCGAUCCGGAUGAGCUGAGAGACCCGGAGGAGAAGGCGAAGUACGCAAAACGUGACCCCAUUAAGCAGCUCAAGAACCACAUGCUCGAGCACGGGCUGGCAAAGGAGGAUGACUUCGUAGCAAUUGACAAGAAGAUUGAGGAGGUGAUCGACGAGGCCGUCGAGUUUGCUGAGGCCAGCCCGCACCCCGAGCGGACCCAGCUGCUGCAGAACGUGUUCCCCGACCCCAAGGGCUUCGGCAUCGGGCCCGACGGCGAGUACCGUUACAAGGACCCGUCCUUCACGGCUGGAACCGCGGCGGUCUAGAUAGGAGGGGGCUUGGUGCGCCGACGAGUUUCACGGGGCAACUGAUUCUGCUCCCCGAAACUUGAAAGCGGAGCCCCCUCAUUGGGAUCAACUGGUAGGAAAAAGUGCGGUGGAUACAAACCAGACAGCCCAAUGUCGUGGUUGUGUUCCCGUGGGAUACGCACGGCGUGCAUUGGUCGCACAGUUGCUGAGCUGUCCCCGGUGGUGGAUCAACCUGGCAAAUUGAGUGACCGUCACUCAAGCCAUACUUUGUCAUGGGCAGGUGUUGACAAGUAGCCGACAAUGUUAGCUUGCACAAUGCGCCAAGAUUGGUGCUGCCGCACUGUAGUGUAACAUCGCAGAACCAACAGUGUCUAUAUUUCAUGCCAAUCAUCCGAAGCAGCUACGUUGCAACCCUGCUGCUUUGAUUUCUUACUGGGG